GAUUAUCUUCCCUCACAGCAAGAUAUACUGCUGGCACGAAGACCCACAAAAGGGAUUCACGAGUACGACUUCGAAAUCAAAAAUGUCCCUUUCAAAAUGGUUGAUGUAGGUGGCCAAAGGUCAGAACGGAAACGUUGGUUCGAGUGCUUCGACAGUGUCACAUCAAUACUCUUCCUUGUUUCCUCGAGCGAAUUUGACCAAGUCCUGAUGGAGGAUCGGCAGACGAAUCGCCUUACGGAAUCCCUGAACAUUUUUGAAACAAUAGUCAAUAACCGGGUUUUCAGCAACGUCUCAAUCAUUCUCUUCUUAAAUAAGACGGACUUGCUUGAGGAAAAAGUACAAAAAGUGAGCAUCAAAGACUAUUUUCCAGAGUUUGAAGGGGAUCCCCACUGCUUAACAGAUGUCCAAAAAUUCCUGGUGGAUUGUUUUCGUACUAAACGCCGGGACCAGCAGCAGAAGCCCCUCUACCACCACUUCACCACUGCUAUUAACACAGAAAACAUCCGGCUAGUUUUCCGUGAUGUUAAGGAUACCAUCCUUCACGACAACCUCAAGCAGCUUAUGUUACAGUGAUGUGCAAAAAGACGUUUUCAUUUGAGUAACUUUGGUGUGUUGGGUUUUUUUUUUAACUAGAAGUUUACAGCAGGAGUAGAGAAAUCCAGAUCCUGUCAGACUUCUUGAUACGUGGCUGAAAGCUGCUGCUGAACACAUUAUUGCCAAUUUCUGCAGAAAUUCAGGCUUAAUCUUCCAGUGUAGCUUCAAGUUGACUCAAGUUGUAAUUUUAUGGC